AUGCAGGGUGAGGAAACUAUAGCUAGUAAGACCAAUAAGCCUCGGCAGCGUCGCGCACAUACGCGAAGUCGAACUGGGUGCUCAGAAUGUCGUAACCGCAGAGUGAGAUGUGACGAGCAAAAACCUCAAUGCAAAAACUGCAUCAACAGCCAGAGGAUAUGCGAGUAUCCUCCUGUCAAAAUCCCUCUCAGGGAGAGAAGAGCACUAGAGAAAGCAGCGGGAGAUGUCCAACCUUGGCAGGCCACGACACCCUGGGAACAUACCCCUCGGGAAACCUCUAGAUAUGCUAAAAGACCAGAGGUACCAAAUUCGCAGUCUUUAGUAGCACAAUUGGCUCUUUCUACAUCGGUGGUGAAUAUGGGUUGUUCCUCCAUUCAUAUGCCACUGAGAUCGCAGGAGCUGUUUCAUUACUGUACGUGGAAUUCACCUGCAGGCUUGUUUCAUACUGACGAUCUCAGUCUAUGGGACUGGCUCAGAGCUUGGAGUUUCACCGAAAGAUCACACAAAAGACUGGUAACGGUAUCUGAUCCCUGGAAGCUGUGCUCGCGCUAA